UCACGCAACGUUUCGUGUAACGGUAUUCUUCAAAGUCACAACAAUCAAGAGRAAAGCAACAACUAUGGAAUGCCAAGAGAAAAUCGAAAAAUUGAAAUAAAAGGUGAAAAAUGUCAAACAGAUCGCCUUGGACAUCAAACAAAACAUGGACUAAUAAUUUGCCMAGGAAAGGAGCUCAUCCCGCCCGCGAUUCUAAUGGUCAGCAGCUACCAGAAGUAUCGCCUGAUCCGACAUCGCUAGUUUUUCCAAUCAUUGGAGCAAUGCUUAUYCUUCUUUUUGGUGGRUUUUUACUUUCGUCAGGAWAUUCGUGUUGUCAUGUUGAAUCGAGUACAAGUAAAAAGAAAAGCGAGGACGAAGGCGAYAGCAUAGAGUUAUUAUUCAUGGAUCAAAAUAUUCACUUUCCCAAGCCGUUCCCAGUACUCCAGCAAGAGAACAAUGACGUAGUAGACGCUGUCAUGGAAACAUAUAGUGAUCUUCCUCAAUAUGCACCAAUGAGCGAGCUGAUGGCAUCGAUUCCYGGGGUUGCGAGGCAACCUGAAACCAGGGACGCAUGCGUAAGUCCAAUCAAUUGUAUAGAUYACGUGAGYGCGUUUCCAAGCAACCAGRAUGACGCAGGAGAUAGCCAAGGUAACGUUCUAAGUAAUCACGUGGGUGGCGAAGUAGAAAUACACGGUAAUCAAGAARUGUCUGAAGAUGACGAAGUUGACGAGACAGAUUCAUCUGAAGAGGAAUGUCACAUGGAUUGUACAAUAAAUAUGGUCAACGAUGACGUCGUCGAGCGUGACAGCGCAUGCSCAACUAUCAACCAAUCCAGUGGAAAUGCAGCAYGUUCAAGAGUGAAUUCUCCUGCGRUAUCUAUUGACAGCGGCAUACGCAGUGAAAACAUGCGUGAUAUUGAUAUACCGAUAAAGGAACACCUUGGAGAGAUCAAGAAAACCUUGAAUGCGWCUUUUGGUUUUAACAUAGUAGAAACUGAGAACAAGAYAAUGAAUGAUUCAUUUAGCCAUGUGACAACAUCACCGARAAAACACUCAAAUCCGUUUACACGAUUUACGCUACAAAAAUGGAUCAAGGACGCUAAGCAGUCACRUGAUGUCAACACAGUGCCCUAUGAAUGGAAACGUCCYUCAAAGCUAACAAAACAAGACAAAAUGGAAAUAUUGAGGAAACUUCAGCCAGAUACAAGCAUUUCUACCAGUGUGAAUAAAACUGCUAGCACCAGUCCACGCCAAACGAGUAAAACCCUAUCAUGCAACAGCACAGAGCAAAGAAAUGUGGGYGGAUACAUUGUUAACGCGCAUGGAGGGCGAUUAAGUUGCCUUAAAGUUGUGCGUGCGCCAAGCUCUAUGUGUCUUCAUGGAAACAUAUGUCCCUAUAACUGCAAGUCAGGUAAUGACGAAACAGAAGACCGAGAUGURGAUGACUCUGGUCAUGGUGCAAGUUGYUUGGGUAUGUCUUCGAGAGGGUCARCGKUAACACCUAGAGGAGCAAGUGCACUAGUUAAGUCAUGUUCUGACGAGGCUACUCGUGGAGCGAGUGCAUUCGAGGGACCCUCGCGCGGAGCGAGUGYGUUUGAUGGAGACACUAAGCAGGUUAAUAGAAUCAAUGGACAAAACCAAAGAUCUGGCGUACCUGAUGGUUCCACGCGUGGAGUCAGUCCGCUUCAGUGCUCCUCGCGUGGAGCGAGCGCGUUUGAACAGYCCUCUAGUGAAGUGGCGAGAGUUYUACUAGCUGARAAUAAUUUAGAACGUCAAACAAAGCAAGAAGGCUUUAUGUCUAAAUUGAAUAGAACUCAUGAUGGCCGACUUCAAUCGAAUUCACAUAGAAGUAAAGGUCGCUUAAAAUGUACGGGAACGAAGAUUGACAUAGAUCGGUCUGUCGAACUUGGAGGUGCGAGUGGUUUGGGCCAUUCGUAUUCUGAUUGCUUGAGUGUUGCUGGCACAGCAAGUGUAACAUUGAGYAUGGCAGUACAGUCAGAAAGAGGGGACAUUACUUUGGCAAGUAUUGCAUCCAAAAAUAAAASUGAGCUAACAGAACAUCAAAUGACAAAGAGCGAGGACCCUAAAAAUAACAUCGAACCAGCAUUUCCAGUGCACACAAACCAUAGAAUCUUUACUGCAGUAACAGAGUCAACCAAUGAAAACACGAAGAAGCUCAAACAAGACGAGCAAUCAAAUCAUAAACAAAUUUUCCUGCCAAAAAAUGAUGUUUUUUCAAAAGAAGAGUUAAUGAAAUCAACCAACGAUAUAGAUAGGGAGCGAUAUGAUCAAUUUUUAUUACCGACUCUUGGUACACUAUCAAAUGCCAAGAAAGGACUGAUGAAUGAGGACAGAAUCAAAGUACCCACAAUAAAGCGGAAGAAAAACGUUGUAGGCAAACUAAAAGUUUGUCUAUUUUAUAACAACAAUAAGUCUCAGAAUCCUGUUUUAUACGUGACAGUAUUGAAAGCGUCAUCCUUGAGACAGGARGUUGUCACGCAAAAYGAGGAUUUAUACAUUCAAAUGCACGUGGACWCUAGAGAMGACAAGACYCAACAAACUAAAAGCGUCAGUACAUUUUCAAACACUGCAGUAUUUAAUCAUUUGUUUCAAGUCCAUGAUAUCACAUUAAGGGAGYUGAAAGUGUCCACGAUCAAGCUAGUACUGGUCAGUGGACAUUCCCAACAAGARGAAGCCAUUGCRUGCGUCCCAUUGGCUGAGCUUGUGGCUCGUGAUAAAAUCAAAAAGACUUAUUUAUUGAAAAAGUAYUCAUCAAAAGAGAAUGAGGUUAAAGAAAGUGACCCAGAUCCAAAAGUCCCUGUUGGUGCAUUGCAUCUUGGUCUCAAGUAUAACUCUGUAGAUGAGAAACUGCUGGUCAAUGUUACUAAGGCUCGCGGACUUCCUUCCAUGUCGGAGACUGGAGAAACUGGUAAAAACUGUAUUUUAGAAUUGCCUAUCUUAUAAAUGUAAUCUAAAGCUAUUGCUAUCAUUGUUUGCAUGUCACAGAU